UCCCCGGGCUCCGUCUGGUGGAAGCGAGGCUGCGCCGGCCGACCGGGCAGAAGCGGAGGACGGGACUCGGCGAGCGUUCGGACUCGCCCUGUCGCUGACUGCGCUGCCCCGGCUCGUCCUGCCUGGCCGCAGGUGCCCUGGAUGAGGCCGCCCCGCGUGCCCCGGCCGCCGAGUGUCCCCCGCGGUCGCCCAGCGCCCGCAAGCGGCAGCCUCUCCUUGCCCGGGUCCCCGCGCCCGGCGCAGUCCUCCUCGGGCGGGCGCGAGGCGGCACGGCCCUUGGGCCGGGAUGGAGCGACCGGGAAGAGGAAGACAAGCCGGGGCAUUGAGCCCCUGCGCACGGGACCGCGCGUAGUGGGAGCUUGCGCGCAGUAGGCUCUCGCUCUCCUAAUCAAUGGAUAAAGUGGGGAAAAUGUGGAACAACUUGAAACACAGGUGCCAAGCUCUAUUCAGCCAUGAAGGAGGAAGCCGCAGCGAGACUGUAGACAUGAACUCCAGCAGGUGUCUGUCUGUCAACGAGAAAAGCAUCCAUCUGGGCGAGCCUGCUCCCCAGCAACAGAGCAGUCCCUUAAGAGAAAAUGUUGCCUUACAGCUGGGACUGAGCCCUUCAAAGGCCUUUUCGAGACGAAACCAGAACUGUGCCGCAGAGAUCCCUCAGGUUGUUGAGAUGAGUGUCGAGAAGGACAGCGACUCGUGUGCCACCCCAGGAACAAGGCUCGCACGAAGAGACUCCUACUCUCGACAUGCCCCGUGGGGAGGGAAGAAGAAACAUUCCUGUUCCACAAAGACCCAGAGCUCACUGGAGACCGAGAAGAAGUUUGGUAGAACGCGGAGCGGCCUGCAGAGGCGAGAGCGGCGCUAUGGUGUCAGCUCCAUGCACGACAUGGACAGUACAUCCAGCCGGGCGGUUGGGAGCCGCUCUCUGAGGCAGAGGCUCCAGGACACUGUGGGUCUGUGUUUCCCCAUGAGAACUUACAGCAAGCAGUCAAAGCCUCUCUUUUCCAAUAAGAGGAAAAUUCAUCUUUCUGAAUUAAUGCUGGAGAAAUGCCCUUUUCCUGCUGGCUCAGAUUUAGCACAAAAGUGGCAUUUGAUUAAACAGCAUACAGCUCCUGUGAGCCCACAUUCAACAUUUUUUGAUACAUUUGAUCCCUCACUGGUGUCUACAGAAGAUGAAGAAGAUAGGCUCCGAGAGAGAAGACGGCUCAGUAUCGAAGAAGGGGUGGACCCCCCUCCCAAUGCACAAAUACACACAUUUGAAGCUACUGCACAGGUCAAUCCAUUGUAUAAACUGGGACCAAAGUUAGCCCCUGGGAUGACGGAAGUAAGUGGAGAUGGUUCUGCAGUUCCACAAACGAAUUGUGACUCAGAAGAGGAUUCUACCACCCUGUGUCUGCAGUCACGGAGGCAGAAGCAGCGUCAGGUGUCCGGGGACAGCCACUCACACGUUAGCAGACAGGGAGCUUGGAAAGUUCAUACACAGAUUGAUUACAUACACUGCCUUGUGCCAGAUUUGCUUCAGAUCACAGGGAAUCCCUGCUACUGGGGUGUGAUGGACCGGUACGAAGCAGAAGCCCUUCUGGAAGGGAAACCUGAAGGCACGUUUUUGCUCAGGGACUCUGCGCAGGAGGACUACCUCUUCUCUGUGAGCUUCCGCCGCUACAACAGAUCUCUGCACGCCCGAAUCGAACAGUGGAACCACAACUUUAGCUUCGAUGCUCACGACCCCUGUGUGUUCCACUCCUCCACUGUCACUGGGCUUCUGGAACACUAUAAAGACCCCAGCUCUUGCAUGUUUUUUGAACCAUUGCUUACGAUAUCACUGAAUAGGACUUUUCCUUUCAGCCUGCAGUAUAUCUGCCGUGCGGUGAUCUGCAGGUGCACUACCUAUGAUGGGAUCGGUGGGCUCCCUCUGCCAUCAGUGUUACAGGAUUUUUUAAAAGAGUAUCAUUAUAAACAGAAAGUUAGGGUUCGCUGGUUAGAGCGAGAACCAGUCAAGGCAAAGUAACCCCUGUCCCUAAAGGGCAUUACCUAGGUCUGUUCUCGUGUGCAUCAGACAGUACAGUCAUAGGAAGCACAGAGUCGGCUGCUAGGAGUUUUCACCCAGAAUGUGAGCUUAGUCGUUAGCCUCUAUCCAGUGGGAUCUUCUGUUACACAGACAAAGGUGCCUAGAAUCAGCAGAUGGUUUGCCGGUGUCCGGGCUGGGAAGACACAGCUAGUUAGUAAGCGGUUUGGUUUUAAAUGGCUGUGACGACCGAGUGAGACAGCUCUGGGGCAUUUGCUAUGAAGAGUUCUAUUUCUUACUGAAGAACAAAUUAUUAAUAUUGGAUAGGUAUUUCAACAGUGUGACUAAUGUUUGAAAUUAUUUUUUCUAAGAAUUUUUCUAUAACCUUCCAAAAGUAGUGAUGUUUGUAGUUAACUAUAAAUCAAGCUUUGAAAGUCCAAAACAAAUAAGUAAAGAAAAGACUGCCUGCCUUUUCGAGAAAAAAAAAUUCAAUUUUUCUGGUCUUAGGGCAUUGUGCAGUGUCAAUGUGGUUUAUGGCUAGUCUCCUGUUCUCCUCAGAGAAAGAGACUCACGAGGAAACCAAGGUCUCUAAGAUGUUCUUAAGACUUCAGACUUAAAGGUUAGUAGUAGAGUCUUGUUUCAAAGCCUCGGUAUUCAUUUGUGGUGAGCGCCGUGACUCGAUACAGGCGCACAGUUGGAGUGAGUGUGGUGAGCGCCAUGACUCCAUACAGGUGCACAGUUGGAGUUUCGAGUGGGUUUUUUUCUAAGUUGACAUGAGCAGUCCACACAUUGUUUCAUCAAAAUUGGAUCUUUUCCUGUGCCCUUGAGUUUGUGAACCCGGAGGGAAAUGAGACUAGCAGAUGCCCAAACAUAUCAGAUAAUAGUGACUCCACUGGUUGCUGAUGUCAAGUUAUGUUAAACUAUAAUUAAUCAUUUGGACGGCAGUAUUUAUCUCUUUGUUGUAAGCUCAUAGCUGAAUUACUUAAGUACAAUUUAUAGCAUUUUAGUGCAGUUAAUCCUUCACAGAAAACCUAAAUUGCAGAUUUAAAAGGUACUGUACAACCAUGAUGUCUGUAAAUAACGUCACUUGGCACCUUUUGUCACUUAGAAUAGUAUGUAACACAACUUGAGUGAAUGCUUUGGGAAGUAUUGUCAGAUUCUAGUGUUGCUUCUCAAUGUUGGACUGAGUUCUCGGCUCUGUCCUAGACAUUUGCACUACAGUAACCAAGUCCAUUCUUGUUGUCUGUGACUGCUCUGUACCCGCUGGUGAGCACUCCUGGGGUCCACGCCAGCUGCUGCAGAGGCUAUUUUAUAUCCCUCUGGCUAUCACCAGGGCUACUGAAAAGAAACGCUAUGUUUGUAUGCAGCACUGACCCUUUGACUGCUAGCGUCUGUCUCUGCUUGCUGUGCCUUGUUCUGGCUGCUUUCUUGUGCUAAUAAAGUAUGUUUGGUGUUCGCCUUGUA